AUGGCUGAAAGUAUGGAGGGUCAUCUUCAAUGUCCCACCUGUCUGGACAUCUUCAAAGAUCCUGUCAUGCUGGCGUGCAGUCACAACUUCUGCCGUGCGUGUCUGCAGCAGUGGAAGGACGAAGGAGAACGGUUGUGUCCAGUCUGUAGGACAGAGUUUAGUUCGAUGGAUCCGCCUUCGAACUUGGCACUGAGGAAUAUGUGUGAGAACCUUUCACGAGCCUCAGUCAAGUCAGAAGACAUCUGCAGCUUGCAUGAGGAGAAACUUCAACUCUUCUGUUUGGACCACCAGGAGCUUGUGUGCCUCGUCUGCAGAGACGCAAAAAUCCACAUUGGUCACAAGUUCCGGCCCCUCAAAGAAGUUCAUGAGGAACUCCAGAGAGGCCUGCAGAAGGCCAAGGAAAGACUCAAAGAUUACAACGACUGUCAAGAGAACUGCAUUGAACAGGCAGAGUACAUCAAAGUCCAGAGGGAGGAUGUUGAAUGUAUGAUUAAAAAGGAUUUUGAGGAGCUCCGUCGCUUCCUCGAUGUCGAGGAGGAGGCUCGGUUGGCUGCGGUCAGGGAGGAAGAGCAGAAGAAGAGUAAGAUGAUGAAGGAGAAGAUUGUGGUUCUUGGCCAACAAAUGACCGCUCUCUCAGAUGUCAUCAGAAGCACUGAGGAGCAGCUGGCGUCUGGCAAUGUUUCUUUCAUGAAGAAAUUCAAGACUGCGAUGAGCAGAAUCCAGGAGCUGCCUGAAAAGCUGCAGCUGCUCCCAAGUGGUCUGGUGGACCAAACCAAACACGUGGGCGACCUCAAGUUCAAUGUGUGGAAGCGGAUGAAGGAGAUGCUCGCCUACAGUCCCGUCAUUCUGGACCCUAACACAGCCAAUCCAAGGAUUAGCGUGUCUGAAGAUCUGACCAGUCGGAGUUGGGAAGACGUACAGCAGGAGCGUCCAAAGAAUCAAGAGAGGGAAAAGGGGAACUGUGUGCAAGGUGGUGCUUUGGACCCGGGAAGACACGUGUGGGACGUUGAGGUGGGAGACAACAAUAACUGGACAGUGGGGGUUAUGUGGGGGGACCCUUGUUUGCCAGAGAAUAUGAUUGGUUGGUACAUUAGAUUCUGUGAUGGUAAAUACAAAAUUCCCAAUUGUGAAUAUGGAGAGUGGAAUCCGCCUGUCAGAGUAAAUCGGAUCCGAGUUGAAGUGGAAAUGAAUGAAAGGUCAUUGUCCUUCUCUGAACCUCUUACAAACACUGAAUUAUGGAACACUGAGAAGCCUUCCAAUUGGCCAGACUUGUCCGGUAACACCAAAAUGUAUCCUUACUUUUACACAAUACAUAAAAGUCCUCUAAAAACAAUCCCCAUUCUACCUGGUGUUACGACAGCCAUCCGUUAG